AUGAAUGAAGAACGGUAUUUUUUUGAUCAUUUUUUUCUAGAUAAAUUUUUUUAGUUCGGAAGCAGAACAUGAGAUGGUUAAAUCUUCUUUUCCUUCGCCUUCUUUGAACUCUGUAAGCUCGACUUCAUUUUUUCUUUUUUGCAAAAUCUCAGGGAUUUUUUUUUAUUGCCCAAGCUAGAGAAAACGCUACUUUUUGUGUUAUAAUAUGAAUAAAAAUGAUUCUAUGAAUUUAUUUUCAGAAUGACUUGCGGCGUCAAAAUGAUUGGCUUAAUAUGCAAUUGAACAAACUGAGGGUUGAAAAAUUGGAGCUGAAAAAGUCGAAUAGUAAGCUGAAUGAUAGGUAAGCAUAAAAGUUAAUCAAAAAUUGAUUUUUGCUUUUUUAGCAAACGUCAGGCAACCGAAGAACAUGACAAUUUGAAAGCUGAAGCGACUAAAUUGUCGACAUCUCUGUUUGAAGCUGUUCAAGAACGACGGAAACUUCGUGAAAAACUGACAUUUUUGGAACAGAAGCACAACGAAAUCAUGAAAAAAGAAGAGACACAAAACGCGAAAAUUUUUUCUCUGGAAGGUUCACUUUUAUAUUUAUGAAAUGAGUUUUUAAACGAAAAUAGCCAUUUUUUUAGAAGCUCUCAAAACGAAAGAGGCGGAGCUCCAAGAAUUGACAGCAAACAGCAGCUCUGCAGCUUCCAAGGCACAGGUUACUUUUUUUCCGAGUGUCUUCCAGUUAUCGGAGUUCAGACGUUAGAAACAGAUGCCAAGUACUGGAAAGAUAAAUGCGAAGCACUUGAGAUAACUUUCCACGAUCACCAAGCCCAAUACGAAAAACUUGUUGGAAUAGAGGUUUUAAAAAAGAAAAACAAGACAUUUACCUAAUAAUUCCAGAAAAUGGCUGUCAGUUUCGAGAACAACUACUCAGGCGCUAGCCAGGUGGCAAAUAAGCAAGAAUUGUUGGAGUCUCAGAAGAAAAACGAAUUACUGUUGAAAGAAGUUCAAAAUCUGAAUCAGGUAGAGGUUAUUUCUUUUUGAAUUAAAGAUAAAGUUGCAGAGAAUCGAGGAGUUAGAAAUGCAACAAACAGCUCUUCUCUCUGAAAGUGUUUCUGCAGGUUUCAUUCGUUUUUUAGCUCUAUUAAUGAAAUUUUGUAGCCACUAAUCCUCUCAUAGAAAGAAUUGACAAAUUGUCAGUUUCGUUAGAAACUUCUAUUGGGGAACGUGAAGAAUUACAAAAAAAGCAUAAGAUUUUGAUGAAUCGCAUGCCUUCUUUGGCUUCCGAAUCUAGGAUGCUGAAAAACAUGGUAUUUUUUAAUUAUCAAGUUUGAUACCAUUUUACUUUUUCAGCUUUUUUUCGUUGGCGGAGUAUUUCGCGGAUUUAAAAUUGCACUUUCGGGAAGAUAUGAAUCGGUACUUUUUAAAAAAAUUACUCAAAGUAUGUUAUGAGAUUCAGAGUUCAAAUAUCCUUCGGGAAGUAUGAAGCUUUCAUUUUACAUCAACAGACAUAUUUUUGAAAAAAAGCCCUUUUUGAAAGCGAAAACUAAGCCAAGUACCAGCGAAUCAGAAACUCAAACAAGUCCUGUGGAAAACAAUUCCCCGAGAAAAGCCAGUACUCCUGAAAAGGUUCGACUUCUGUUUUGUGCUUAGAAAACAAUUUUCUCAGGAAACUCAGGUCAAAGAAAGCGCUCCUGGAAUCGAAUUUGAAAAAAAUACGUUUGUACUAGAAAAAAUGGUCAGUUAUUUUGAAAUUUUGGUGUUUAUAUUUGAAAUUUCUCUUCAGAAAGAAGUUGUUGCAAUGAGAGAGUCGAUGAAAGCUGAGAUGGAUAGAGUCCGACAAGAAGCUUACACAGCGGAAGUCGUAAAAAGAAAUGCUGAGGUGAGAAGUCGAGACUUUCUUCUGUUAUCUUUGCAUGGCAAGAAAAUUACUGAAAAAUCGAAGUUGCAAUUUUUCAAUUUUUUGCAGAGGAGAAAUCAAGAAUAUAACGAGCUUUUGAUAUUUUAUGGAGAAAAAAUUGAACGAAUCGAAGAGCUCCAAGCCGACAACGACGAGUUGCGGCAACUUCUACGCGAACAGGUAAAAACUUUCCGAAUGUCGGUAUAUCUCUAGUGUUUCAGGCUCUCGCCCACACAAAUUCAGCGUCAACUGCUGGAAAAUAA